CGACCAACCUCCAAUUCUUUGGACUCCAGCUCCUGUUCCAACAGGGGCGACCAGUUUACUAACGUACUCCGGAAAUUAAAAACCAAGGCGUGGCCGCUUGCCAACAGCAGUAACUGACAAUGCCACCCGAAUCUAUCCCUGUCAGGUUAUCCAAAGAAAGCCUUCUGUCGAGGGAGUCGCUGAAUCCAUCAGAGGCAAGGUGGAUCAGGCUUAUCAAGUCAACAUACACGGAUCCCGAGGGCGUGACGCGGACAUGGGAGUCUGCCGAGAGACAGACCAGGCCCGAAAACUGUCCAAUCGACGGCGUUGGCAUUUUCACCGUCCUGUCCAAACCCUCCGGCCCAGAGCUACUGCUGCAGAAACAGUAUAGGCCUCCGGUUGAUAAGGUGGUCAUUGAAGUGCCUGCCGGCCUUAUCGAUGAGGGCGAGACGCCCGAACAAUGCGCAGUAAGGGAACUUAGAGAGGAAACUGGGUAUGUGGGCGUUGCAGAGGAGACAAGCCCGGUUAUGUAUAACGACCCCGGCUUCUGCAACACAAACCUAAACAUGGUCCACGUCCGUGUCGACAUGACUCUCCCGGAAAACCAAAACCCAACACCCCAGCUCGAAGACAACGAGUUCAUCGAGUGCUUCAGCAUUCCGCUGGCUACACUGUAUGAGGAGCUGAAACGCCUGGAAGGCGAGGGGUAUGCGAUUGAUGCCAGGGUGGGGACGCUGGCGGAGGGUAUUGAGGUUGGGAAGAAGUUGGGAUUGGGGUUGGGGAUCUAAAGAAAGUGGGAAAUUUGUUCAUAUUUUACCUUCUUUUUUUGUGCGUUGAAAUGGCUUGUUCCAAUGUCGGAGUUUUCCAAUUUUGAGUUUUGGAGGGUAUGUAUAUACUGACAGGUAUGAUGUUGGGCAUUGCGUUUUCACUGCAUGCGUGGAUCGCAGUUUCAGAAGGAUGAUAGCCAGAUGGGUCGGGGUAUAGUACAAAGAAUCAAUAUAGACGAUAGAUAGACAAUGGGUAUUCCAUGUAUUGUCCAAAGUCUCGUUACCGGGGAAUUUCCCUCAGUACUAUUAUUUUCAUUAGGCUGCUGCGUUAUUCCUGAGUGAGAAAUACUCCACAAAAAUCAGCUAGAUAUGACAUGUUAGAUUGCA